UUGAGCUGUUAUCAUGCGGAUGUGGUCGUUCAUCAUUCGUUGUUGUUGUGUUCGUGUCUAACGUGAUGAUUCUGAACAGUUAUCGAGAUUUUUGUGAUUAACCGAGUGAGUUUCUUGUGCUUUUUUCACUAUUUUCUCCGGAACUUCAUGCCGCUUUUCAGCGCGAGGUAGUUUACCAAGGAAAUAUUCUACCCACAGAGAUUCUCAGUCUGUCAAUUCAUCAGAACGAUGGUCUCGUCUAGCCGCUAAUUUCUGACUGUUAACCCCUGUUUACUGUGAAUUCCUCUGUCACAUACGAACCAAAAAUUGCAAUACAUUUCAUAUUAUUGGUCUUGAAGAUCAGAUAGCAGGCCUAACAACGGGUAUAUACCCUCUUCCUCAAAUCAGAACCUAGAUUUGACCCAUAUACUUCAUAAUGUCGGACAUCAGUCAAUGGUUUCAAAAUCUACCCACAUUUACCAGACACUGGCUUGGGCUAACAGUUGGAAUUUCACUCAUAGGAAGAUUCGGUCUUUUAAAGCCACAGUACCUCAUUCUUCUUCAUGAACCUUUAAUAAAUGGAUUUGAGAUUUGGCGACCGAUAACAUCAGUGUUCUUCUAUCCUUUAGCUCCUUCCACUGGAUUUCACUUUUUAAUCAACUGUUAUUUUCUUUAUAAUUACUCUCUCCGGUUGGAAACAGGUACUUUUGAAGGUCGUCCUGCAGACUACUUUUUUAUGCUACUAUUCAAUUGGAUUUCUUGUGUUAUCAUAGGACUUCUAAUGAAUAUACCUCUGUUGAUGGACCCAAUGGUUCUUAGUGUCCUGUAUGUUUGGUGUCAGCUAAAUAGAGAUGUGAUAGUAACUUUCUGGUUUGGAACAAGGUUCAAAGCCAUGUUCUUACCGUGGGUUCUCUUUGGUUUCAACAUGAUUAUGUCAAAUGGGGGUCUCAUGGAGCUGGUUGGCAUUGUAGUUGGACACUUGUAUUAUUUCCUUACAAUAAAGUAUCCACAAGAAAUGAAUGGUCCAGAGUUACUGUCAACUCCAGGCAUCCUGAAACAAUGGUUCCCAGAUCACAGACCGCAUGUUGCUGGUUUUGGGUCUGUUCCAACUCCCAGACGACCAGAAAAUUCGGGAAGCUCAUGGCGAGGACACUCUUGGGGUAGAGGUCAAGUCCUUGGAGGACAGUAGUUGUAAAUACUUACAUCUUACCUUUUUAUUUCCAAGUCAUUGCAUCAACAUCGUAAUUGUUUUAUUCAGGUUUUCCGUUUUUCUUUUUUUUUGGUUGUAAUUCUUUUCGUUAGGAAUAUAUUUUAUUCUCUUUGAUUAUGCUUCGUUGCACAAAUGGAAAUAAUGACUCGAAUUAUGUUAGUCUGAAUACAAUGACAGAAUUUUUAUCUCUGGAAGCAUCAGUGUUGAUAUAAUUGAUCUCUUACACUGUUUGAAGUGUUGAAUAGUAGGCGACUACAGCCCAUCAACAAGAUUCUAUGUUAGAAUUUCUUAAUUUAUUUAAUGCUGAAUUCAGAGUAUUAUUUCGAUGUAUUUAUGCUAAAAUGUAAUAGAAAAGGGUGGGAAAAAAGGGAUGCGCUCGUUAGUCAGCAGCUGUAAGAAUGAUGGGAAUUUUAGAGCGUCAGUUACAUCAGCAGCUACGAUGGGAGAAAUCAACGACAAGGUUGUCGGACUUUAACUCAUGAAUCCUGUCCACAUCGCUCUUGUCACAUGCCCAAGGCUCAUGAAUUAUCGUAUUUUAGCGCCUAGUUCAUGUUGAUUUUCAGUAAAAUCUCACUUUUCCAUCUCCUUAAAACGGACCACGCCAACUUAUACAUUGUUUCUUAUGCAGCAUUUACGAGCACACAUCAUCUUUCCUAACUGGCUCUAGUUCCUCUCAGCCGAAAAACGUCUAUUUUAGGUACAGAUCAAGUAAAUGACCAUCAUGUAAUUGAACACUGUAGUAGGCAAUUCAGCAAUGACCAGCUAGCUCUUAGUUCUAAAUUAUUGAGCAUUGUCCCUUAUGUGUUUGGAUAGGUGUUUCAAUGGCAAAAAUUAUCAUUUCCCUAUGUCUGCUUUUCUCAAAUUUAAAACUAAGUCAAGCUUUUAUUGGAGUUUUUCCCAUCAUGUAUGUUGCUGAGCUGUACUUUCAUUUUGUUUGAGGAUAGAAAUAUUUCUGUACAAAUGAAUAUUUUCAGCCAUUGUUACUCCAAUAGAUUUUUUUAAAAAUAAUUGAAUUCAUGCUAUGAAUAAGGUUCCCGUUACAUCUUGGUCCACAAAGAAUAAUAUUCAAAUUAGUGCAAAAACAAUCACUUGCAUUUAUUUUCUGUACUUUUUUUACUGUUUUUCAUCUAGUGUACCGCUUCUAAAUGAAAAUUGUAAUUUAAAUGUUCCAGGUAGUUACUUCUUACUUGUUUCACCUUCAACUUAUGAUAAAUUAAGGCCACAUCAUGUCAAUACCUGAAUAACCCAUACUUUGGCACUUCGAUCAUUCAUUUUUAAUUUCAAUCCAGGAGUUAGGAUGAAUUUUUUUUCUUCUUCCUCAUGUCUACAAACGAAACCAAGUUUUUAAGUCUUUCCACAAACUGACCAUCCUGUGAUUCUAUUUUUCUGUAUCCUAACAAUCAGCAAGUUUAUAGAAACUUCUGUAUUAUUGAUAAUCGGUCAUUCUUUAUAAGUUAUUUUGCCUUUAAAACUAGGGAGGAGGGUGGGAUCAAAUGGAAUGUAACUGUAUCAAAUGUUGAGUAGUUUCGACCUCUAGGUGGCUGGUUGCACAUGAGCUCCGUUGUAAAUUGAUCCAAAUCUAAUCUUAGUUGCAAAAUAUAGAAGCGUAUGUUAUUUUCAAUGUGAUGCAGGUCUGAUUUCUCUUAUUGGCUCCUUAAAAUUCAAUUGUGAAAUGCAAAAUGAAUCAUUUCAUUUACCGCGUAGAUGAAUUUUUAAAUUUGUGAAUUCUCUUUCAGUUAGAGUCUACUGACAAAUCAUUUUGAUCUAUACAAACUAUAUUUUGAAUUGGUAUUGUUCCAUCAAGUUUCUAUGUAGUGAAAAUAACUUCUGUAUCUAUUAACGAUGGCUAGAAUAAGUUGAUUAUGCAUUUUUGUUAAAGUGUCUAUAGACUGUUGUAAUGUUUAAAAUGGAAAAAAAAAUUUCUCUGUAAAUAUAGGACUUGAUAUUUUAUCGUUAAA